UCCAUCACAAUUCACAAUGCAAAUUGAAGCAUCCUCCCAAUUUAGGUUGGAGAAAGAGUGAAAGACACAGCAAAUUGCGCUUUGUCUGAAGCAAACUCUGUCUAGAUCUCUGUCUUGUCCAUUCACACCAACAGUACCAGAAUCCGAAGCUUCUAGAUCAAUGGACAGGGACAUGAUCACAGAGGAUCACACUCCUUCACCUACUUCCCCACAUUGUCCAUCAAUCACCGACGCUUUGCUCGUCACCACCAUGUGCAUGAUUGGCCUCCCAGUUGAUGUUCAUGUCAAGGAUGGCUCUGUCUAUUCUGGAAUCUUCCAUACUGCUUCUGCGGACGCUGGUUAUGGUGUUGUUUUGAAAAAAGCAAGGAUGAUAAAGAAGGGAAAGUGCAAUAGUAAUGUGGGAGAGCAAGCCUUGGUAGAUACGCUUUUGAUUCCGUCCGAUGAUCUUGUCCAGGUUGUUUCGAAGGGAAUAACACUUCCUUCAAACGGUGUUGGUGGAACAUGUGAGAUAGAGAAUGAUGUUGGACCCAUGAUCGAUGCAAAACUGGUGAAUCAAUCAAGCCAAGCUGCGGAUGUAUUGUCAAAAGGGAUAGCUGAUGAGUGCAGACAGAAGUCUGAGUUUGCAAAUGAAAGAAGUGAUGAAAAGAUUCAAAGCUCUAAUUCAAGCCAUGAAAUUGAUACAUGUGUGGGCGAAGUGGAAGCUGUUGAGCGUGGAAGUGCUGAUACAACAUCCAGCCCUCAUGACAAUGGUUUGCUCUGCAACAAUGUUCCUGCAUCUGUUAAAGCCAACAAUUCGUGUACAAAUUCCACCCUAGGAGUGGAUCUCAUCUCAGAGUCACAUGAUUUUCCAGAAAAAUCUGUUGAGAUAUCUAAUCCUCUGGGUACAGAUUCUAUCAAAAAUGCUAAGGAAUUUAAGCUCAACCCAGGUGCCAAACUUUUCUCUCCAUCUGUGGUACAUCCUAUGAUAGUGACUACUGCUCUGCCAACUGCUCCAAACAUGGUUUACAUACCAAAUAGCUCUCUACCUACUACUACUAUUCAACCAGAACGUGGAUUCACUACUUUUGCUUCUCGACCUUCUGCACCUGUUAAGGUUGCUCAGUAUAAUAAUUUCACAGCGGGAAAUGGUGGGAGUGGUUCUCAAUUUUCACAACCUUUGGCACAUAGGACGCAACCUCUGCGAUAUGCUGCACAUUAUGAUCCUAUUUUGUCUGAACCUGCUUAUUUGCAACCAAACUCUCCUGCUGUUAUGGCUGGACGUUCCACCCAAUUAGUCUAUCCAACUUCCCAGGAUUGGAUUCAUGGUGCAAUGGCUAUGUCACCUGCCUCAGCUCGUCCUCUGUUGAAUCAUGUACAAUAUCCGAAGCAGCAAGGUGGAACAGUUGGUCAAGCCAUGCCAGCUUGUAUGCACCCUCCUGUCCUAACAAGCGGGCAACAACCCUUUCCGCUUCACAGCCACAUUCCACAUUUGCAUCCUGGUUUUCCUUCACCUAGACCUAUUUCAGUCCCAGGACCAAAUAGUUUCUAUGGCACAAAGUUUUCAUGAAUCUUUUAUCCAGAUUCUAGUGUUACAAUCCUUUCUCUAAGAUAAGGCUCAUUUUUCUUUUUCCUUUUUCUUAAUCAUGUGAUAAUAAUGUUGCCUCCCUUCAGUUUCCUCCCUUCCUCCGUGAGAAGUGUACAGUAGCUUUGUGCAGGCUACAUUAUUAGAUAUUUUAGGGUAUACUUGUUCCAGAGGAAAAGUUUUUGCAAGUCCUCAUUUGGAAGUUAAGAUGCAAUUCGAGUCUUGGAGUUGGGGAAGAUUUUUACUUUUCUUGAUUUUUGAUAUUGUUUGUUUGGAAAUUGCACUUGAAUCCGUUGAUUAUAAAUUUUAGAAUACAAUGUUAAGCAUAUUGAGUAUA